GUGCAGUCCCACCAGUGUCCGCCAGGGGCAGUGUGAGCGCAAUGUCUAUUUCCUGGUUCAGACUCAGUCCCAUAAAGUGAAAGUCGGGAGCAGUCGGGAUUAUAGAGCCCAGUCCUGGAGCGUGUGGGGGAGGGGGGAUGUUCUGCUGCUGACUGAAGCUGUGGCACAUGGUUCUGAGCUUUAGAGUGUCAGAGCUGCAGGUUCUAUUGGGAUUCGCUGGCAGGAAUAAGAGUGGCCGGAAGCACGAGCUCCUCACCAAGACUCUCCUCCUGCUCAGAUCCGGCUGCAUCCCGGCCGUCCAGAUGAAGAUCAAGGAGUUGUACCGGAGAAGGUUCCCCCGCAAGGUCGUCAGCUCUACGGACUUAACCAUGUUGCACAUGCAGGGGGGAGCUCUGCCCUCCGCCAAUUCUCUGGCUCAGGGAUCCGUGUGCCACAUGGGUUAUGACACCAGCUCUGCCUCCCCCACCGUGUCCUCCUCAAUGUUACCCCCUGUACCAAUGCUGGGCCCUAAACACGAGACUGACCUCUCCCACCUCACCCCACCCAUUCACCCAGUGCACCCGGACGUCAAGAUGAAGAGGCUGCCCUUCUAUGAUGUAUAUGAUGAGCUCAUUAAGCCCACCACUUUAGCCUCCACCAACACCCAGAGAUUUGAAGAGGCGCACUUUAACUUUGCAUUAACCCCCCAGCAGGUCCACCAGAUCCUCAGUUCCAGAGAUCUAUUGCCUGGAGCAAAGUGUGAUUAUACAGUUCAAGUACAGCUAAGGUUCUGCUUGUGUGAGACCAGCUGCCCCCAGGAAGACUAUUUCCCCCCCAACCUGUUUGUGAAAGUGAAUCAAAAACUGUGCCCCCUGCCCGGCUAUUUACCCCCCACAAAGAAUGGUGCUGAGCCCAAAAGACCGAACAGACCAAUCAACAUUACGCCGCUCAUCCGACUGACAUCAACGGUGCCCAACACUAUUGUGGUGAACUGGUCCUCGGAGUUUGGCCGGAAUUAUUCUCUGUCCUUAUACCUGGUGAAACAGCUCACGUCUGUCACGUUACUGCAGAAACUCCGAGCAAAGGGAAUCCGCAACCCAGACCAUUCCAGAGCCUUGAUAAAGGAAAAGCUGACGGCGGAUCCUGACAGUGAAAUUGCCACAACGAGCCUGCGUGUGUCGCUCAUGUGCCCGCUGGGGAAGAUGCGCUUGACGGUCCCCUGCAGAGCCAUUACUUGCACCCACUUGCAGUGCUUCGACGCAGCGCUCUACCUGCAGAUGAACGAGAAGAAGCCGACGUGGACGUGCCCCGUGUGUGACAAGAAGGCGCCGUACGACAUGCUGAUCAUUGAUGGCCUUUUCAUGGAUAUCCUCAACUCCUGCACAGACUGCGACGAGAUCCAGUUCGUGGAAGACGGAUCCUGGUGCCCCAUGAGACCAAAGAAAGAGAAGCAGGACAUUUGUCAGCCGACCCAAUAUGGAGGCAUUGAGGCCAGCUCCAUCUAUAGCAUGACCCCCGAACUCAAGCACAAGCCCGAGACCAAGAAGAAGGUGGAGGUGAUUGAUCUGACUUUGGACAGUUCGUCGGACGAUGAUGAGCCUCCCAGCAAGAAGCAGUGUCCUGUUACGUCUGCGGCUAUCCCAUCUGCUGCAGGACUCAAAGGGGUAAUCAGCGUUGACCACCAGCCAUCUUCUGUAUUAAGGAGCCCACCCAUGGCAACGAUCAGCAGCGACUACCUGUCCAGCCUACCUCUGCAGGAUUAUCACCGCUCCUACACUGUCCCACCUGAUAUGCAAGGUCUGGAUCUGUUCUCCUUCCUCCAGGCCGACAGUACGCAUUAUAGCCCAUCCGUCAUCACUUCCCUGGAUGAACAGGACACCCUGAGUCAUUUCUUCCAGUAUCGGGGCCCUCCUGCUCACUACAUGAGUCCACUCUCUCAGACCAUAACUGGAAGCCACUCUACUCCCACUAGUGCCAGUCGGAUCAGCAGCAUCGUGUCCACCAGUUCCAUGAGGGAGAGUCACAGUCACAACACAUCACAGAACAACUCUUCAGCGCUGCCGGGCUGCCGGCCGGACAUCAUAUCCUUGGACUGACAGACAUCAUAUCCUUGGACGAAGCGGCAGGAGGAAACAGAAGAGCAACAUUUUGGCCAGGGGCCCCCCUGCACUUGUGAACUCCACUAGGAAUCCUGGUGCCGUCUCUGCCUCUGAGAAUAUUUGCUUUUUCUGUGUUUUUACCCAAUGUGAAGGCUCUAUUUUUUUUUAAAGGGGAAGAAAACUUUUUUUUUUUUAAAAAGAUGUUUUCUGUUUUUCCAGCAGAAAGUAAAUGUCGUCAGAUUGGAGGGAAUCUGUCCAGAUCGUUUUUUAACUUUUAAUAAUGGGAGAUAUGCAGGGAAUUCUUACCUAGAAACAGUUUUAGUAUUAAUUACUCCCACCCCUGCCUCCUUAUCCCACGACUAGAAAAACACUUUUUUUUAUACUGAAGGAAACUGUUUUUAAAAAAAAUUGUUGUUAAACAUGGGAGAAUAUUUCUUUUUUCUGUGUUUUUCCCCCAUGUGACUCGAGGGAAGGCCGAUACUUACAACAUGAAAACAGUCCUAUUUUUCUUUUUUUAAAAGGUGUUUUUCCAGCAGAAAGUAAAUGCCAUCAGAUUGGAGGGAAUCCGUGCAGAUCGUCUUUUUUUUUACUUUUUUAAUAGGGAUUUUACCUCUGUAUUAAGUCAGAGGUAUAUUGUAAUAAUCAGUGUCUGAUAUAUAAUAUAUAGGCCAGGCCCAUUAAAGCCGCAGUGUUGUACAAGGAGUUGGGGUGUAUGGAAAAUUCCAGCAUCCUCACACCCAUAUACUGUCCUGUCUAAAGGAAACGAUAUGGCAGCUUCCACUUGUGACUGUUUUGACACAUCAGCCUGCGACGACUGUUGUUUCUUCUGCUUCUUAGUUGAUAUCUUGAAUCCCUGCCACAAAGCAAGACUGUGCUGCUGCCCUCAGCUAGAAAGGAAGUAGAGACCGUCACAUGACUGCCAUGAAAUAGUCUGGAUUUAGAAGCCAUUUCAUGACUCCAAAUCAACAAAAAAAGCACUUUUUGUCAGGUCAACAAUAUCCCGAUAGUCCUCUUCAUGAAUUCCAUUGUGGUGUAUCAUGAUGCUUUAAAUUCCAGGGGAAUUCGGACUCAUAAAUAGGUGCGCUAGCGAUACCAUAUACGGUAUUUAUGCACAAAGGGAAACAAUUUUUUGCCCUUUUAUUCAGUCAGAUUUUCUGCCUCUUUACGUCUGUAUGAAAGUGGAGCUGCCAUAUUGUUUGUGGGCGUAUCCUGAGCAGAUUGCAGGACAGCCCCACCUAGAGGUCAUUGUUGUUUAAGAAGAGGUCAAAUGGUUUAGCCCCUUUUCUGUGCACAUAAUAAGCCAUAAACUCCUCCUGACCCCAUGAAAAGCAAAGAAACGACUAUAAAUAGGGGUGUAAUAUAAUAUAUUGGUUACUUAGCCCUUGGGCUCCGUAGCAACAGCCAUUACACACACCCCUCCAGUUUUAUAGCACAAGACUCCGUUGCCUUUAAUAACGGCAACACAACCGCCAUAUACCUCUAAUGUAUAUACAGGGUGCAUAUCAGUGGCCUGAAACAUUGGCCCCAAUCUCCUCCCAUCAGUACAGAGCACUUUUUGCUCCUGGGCUGCUCUCUUUCCCAU